AUGCUCUCCCACGAACUCAUCAAAACAAGCAAAAUGGUUACAAAUUCCAGAAUUCAAACUACUCCACUACCAACCUUAAUCUUCUCUUUCAUUAUUUGCAUAAUCAUAUCUCAAACCGUAGCAGAUUCACAACUUGCUUAUGGCUACACAGUCACCACUGUAACCAAUAACCCCGCAUCAAAUUCUUUUUCUGCUAACCUUAAACUCAUCAAACCCUCCUCUGUCUUUGGAACCGAUAUUCCAUUUCUCAACCUCACUGCCAGUUUUGAGACCAAGGAUAGAUUAAGAGUAAGAAUCACUGAUUCACUUAACAAAAGAUGGGAAAUUCCACAUGAACUGAUUCCAAGAGACUCAUCAUCUUCUUCUUCUCUAUCUCACUCUUUUCUCUUGCAAAAUCCUCAAAACUCAAAACACAUACUCACACAUCCAAAUUCAGACCUUAUCUUCACACUCCACAACACAACCCCAUUUGGUUUCACCGUCUCACGCAAAUCCAGCAAAGAUAUAAUCUUUAAUACUUUACCAGAAAACCCUUUAAACCCCGAAAAGUUUCUAGUAUUCAAAGAUCAAUACUUGCAACUUUCUACCUCUCUACCAGCAAAAAGAGCUUCUCUGUAUGGUUUUGGAGAGCACACAAAGAGUUCCUUCAAGUUACAACCAAACCAAACUUUCACUCUUUGGAAUGAAGAUGUUGGCAGUUCCAAUCUUGAUGUGAACCUUUAUGGCUCUCACCCUUUUUACUUAGAUGUGAGAAAGGGUUCAUCUGAUGGAAGAGUGAAAAGUGGAGCCACACAUGGUGUUUUGCUUCUUAAUAGUAAUGGAAUGGAUGUUGUUUAUAGCGGCGAUCGUGUUACUUAUAAGGUGAUUGGAGGUGUUUUUGAUUUCUAUUUCUUUGCUGGUUCUUCUCCUGAGUUGGUUUUGGAACAGUACACUGAACUCAUUGGCAGGCCUGCUCCUAUGCCUUAUUGGUCUUUUGGUUUUCAUCAGUGUCGAUGGGGCUACAAGAAUGUAAGUGAUCUCCAAGGUGUGGUAACCAACUAUGCAAAAGCUCGUAUACCUCUCGAAGUUAUGUGGACAGAUAUUGAUUACAUGGAUGCAUAUAAAGAUUUCACACUCGAUCCUGUUAACUUUCCGCUCCAUAAGAUGAGAACUUUUGUUGAUACCCUUCACAAAUAUGGUCAGAAAUACAUACUUAUCUUGGAUCCAGGUAUCAAUGUGAAUAACACAUAUGCAACCUAUGUUAGAGGUUUACAAGCUGAUAUUUAUAUAAAGAGAAAUGGAAUCAACUAUCUAGGUGAAGUUUGGCCUGGACCAGUUUACUAUCCUGAUUUUCUUAACCCUCAUAGUCAAGAAUUUUGGGGUGAUGAAAUCAAAUUAUUUAGGGAACUUCUUCCUUUUGAUGGUCUUUGGCUUGACAUGAAUGAGUUAUCCAAUUUCAUAACUUCUGAUGCCACUCCACAUUCUAAUCUUGACAACCCUCCCUAUAAAAUUAACAGUAAUGGAGUUCAACGAGCGAUUAACAACAAAACGGUUCCAGCAACAUCGUUACAUUAUGGCAAUAUCACUGAGUAUGAUUCACACAAUUUGUAUGGACUACUAGAGUCCAAAGCAACUUACAAGGCUUUGGUGAGUAUAACUGGUAAAAGGCCAUUCAUUUUGAGUAGAUCAACUUUCGUAAGCUCGGGAAAGUAUACAGCUCAUUGGACAGGAGAUAAUGCUGCUACAUGGAAUGAUUUAGCAUACUCAAUUCCAUCAAUAUUGAACUCUGGAAUCUUUGGAAUCCCAAUGGUUGGCGCAGAUAUAUGCGGUUUCUCAGGUGACACGACUGAAGAACUUUGUCGACGAUGGAUCCAGUUAGGAGCCUUUUACCCGUUUGCAAGAGAUCAUUCAGAUAACAACGCCACCAGUCAAGAGCUUUACCGUUGGGACUCGGUUGCAGCAUCAGCUCGAAAAGUGCUUGGCCUUCGUUAUCGCCUUCUUCCUUAUUUCUACACACUAAUGUACGAAUCAAACACAAAAGGGACACCUAUAGCGCGGCCGCUAUUCUUUUCAUUCCCCGAGGAUACUGCAACAUAUGAAAUAAACUCACAGUUUGUAUUAGGCAAAGGAGUUCUAGUCUCACCCGUGCUACAAUCUGGCGCAACGACGGUUGAUGCAUACUUUCCUAAAGGAAAUUGGUUUGAUCUCUUUAAUUUCUCAAAUUCAGUGAGUGUUGAAUCUGGAAAAACCGUCACACUUGAUGCACCAUCUGAUCACAUAAAUGUGCAUGUUGGAGAAGGUAACAUUUUGGCCUUACAAGGUGAAGCAAUGACAACGGAAGCGGCGCGGAACACCUCAUUCGAACUUGUGGUUGUUUUUAAUGGAACUGGAAAUAGUUAUGGACAAGUGUAUUUGGAUGAUGGUGAGGCUGUUGAUAUAGAAGAGAAAGAGCAAUGGACACUAGUGAGAUUCUAUGGUGAAUUGAAUAGUAAUAUUGUUUCUGUUAGAUCAAAUGUUACAAAUGGAAAAUUUGCUUUAGACCAAAAAUGGAUCAUUGAAAAGGUUACACUCUUGGGGAUACCAAAGAAUGAGAGGUUAAGUAGAAUUGAUUUGGCUGAGACUGAGAGUGAGUUGAAUGUUGUGAAUGGAAUGAAUUCAGUGAAGAAAAGAGUUUUAAAGACAAAAUUUGAUAGGUCAUUUGAAUUUGUUACUGUGGAAGUUUCAAAUUUAAAACAGCUUAUUGGUGAAGAAUUUAAGGUGGAGACAAAAAUAAGAUAG